GCCCCCUCUCGGCAAAGGGGCGGCGCUAACAGCCAGCAGGAGAGGAAAGGAAAGACGGGCCGGGCCUAUCUGGGGGUAGGUAAUUCUUUAAUCUACCAAAAUGGGUUUAAAGAAGAAAAAAGAGAUUCAAGUUGAUGCCUUUGUUCUUGAUCACCAACAGCUUGAAAGACUUCAGUCUUUUGCAGAAACUGAAGGACAAAACCUAGCUUCUGUUCUGUUGCACUGUGCACUACUGACUGAUGGCAUCCAGCAAAUCCAUUGCAUCAAACAGAUUGUAUCUUUACUGGAGAAGACAGAUACAACCUCUUUAUGUGAACCCAUGGUUAAAAGCUGUUUAGAUAUUUUGGGAGUGAUCUUCUUGUCUCUGGAUAUAAAGAACCCUUUGAAAAAAGUGUUGGCAAGCUCUUUAAAUAGCUUUCCUGAACCUCUUAUGACAGAAGCAACACACAGUUUUGUAGUCUGCCUUAAGGAGGAAUUAAAAACUGCAGACCUGUCUCGUUAUAGGAAGAGUAUGGAUAAUCUUGCUUGCUGUAUAGAAAAUACCAAUAUAGGCAAAUUAUGUGUGAAUAUCCUCUUCAAGGAAGCUCUUCAAUUUCUGCAUAAAUCUAUACUUGAAAUAGAGGAAGAAAAUAGGCAUUUCUGUGGAAAUUGCAUUGCUCAGACUCGCCUGAUGCAUGAUUUGUUGGUUGGUGUUAAAGUUUCAAUGAUGUUGGUACAAAAAAUUCAGGAGAACAUCCCAGGACAGUUGUGGAAGAAAUUGGAUUCUCCUGUUUGGCACAGUAUGUGUGGGCUAUUGAACAGUUUUGCACGAUUCUUAAAUAAUGAAGACCUCUUACAGACUGUCCAGACUACAGCAGGAUUGGCCGUUGUUCUCUUUAUUAAGACCAUGUUUGAACCAGUUGAAAAGCUACCUUGUUUGAUCAGUGACUUGCUUUGUGGCUCACUGAAAUGUUCUGACAUACCAGAGUGGUUUGCAAACAGCUGUGGGAAUCUAUGUACUGCUGAGAUUUCUGAUUCAGUCCUUCUGUUUCUUUGCCAUGGAGCACUUGCUAUGUUAGACUGGAAGAAUGAAAGCAUGGGCCAGAAUGCAGAGAAACUGCUUUUGGAUAUUGCAUCGUCUUUGUUAAGUUUGAGUACACGGCUAAAAGAAUCUGUAAUGGCAGCAUCCCUGUCAAGAAUUUUAUCUAUAUGGACUAAUGCAGCAUUGGAUGCUCUUCAGUCAAAUUCGGCAAGUCUGAAGUUCAGUCUCGGUGGAAACUUGGACACAAUUGGAAAAAUGCUGGAUUAUGUGUAUGCGCAUUGGGAACAUCCCCUGGAUGCAGUUAAGCACCAAACCAAACUGAUAUUUAAGAAUAUCCUCCGAAUACACCAGGCUACUGUGAAAGGAUCCACUACAAAACUAGAUCCCUUUUUCUUGGAGUUAAUCAACAGUUUACUAAGUUUAGAAUGGCAUGUUAAGGGCAAAUACUCCUCACUGGGCUGUAUUGUGGAAUGUGUUGGCAUUGAAUAUAUUCUAGCAAUAGAUAGGACAAUUCCUUCACAGAUCUUGGGUGCAAUGAGUGAUCAGUCUUUUGCGCCUUAUGCCAGUGAUUUAUUGGAAACAAUGUUUGUGACCCACAAGAAGCAUCUUACAACCAUUUUGGAAGGGAACACCUGGAUUGACUGUUGGCAUGAGACGUGGGUGUCUCCCCUGCUUUUAAUUUUGUGUGAUGGGAAUCCAGAGCAAGCUACUUAUGUAACAGAUUAUUACCUACCAAAGUUGCUGAAAUGUAGCCCUGAAAGUUUGAACUACAUGAUUAAAAUCCUUCAAACUUCUGUGGAAUCGAAUGUUGGAUCUUGCAAUAGCAGAGGUGCACUUGGAGCCUUGGUGGCAUGCCUGAGAACAGCCAGAGCCCAUGGGCAUCUGCAGUUUAUGGACAUAAUACAUGGUGGUCUUGCAUCCACUGGAUAUAUAAAACAAGGUUUAGUUCAUCAGCAUGAUCAGGUGCGAAUAGAUGCUUUAGGUUUGCUUUGUGAAAGUCACCGCAGCACAGAAAUGAUAUCUGAAGAAGAAAUGCAGCUGAUACAGUUUUUUAUUAGGUACAACUUGAACAGCCAGUCCCCAGCAGUGAGACAGCAAAUCUGUUCCUUACUGAAAAAGUUGUUCUGCCGGAUAUAUGAAAGCUCUCAGACCAUUCAUAAGGCACAGCAAAUAAAGUCCAAGCAAGGCCUAGUCAAGCAGUCUGUUCUAUGGGAUCCACUAAUAACUCUGGAACGGUACAAGGAUUUCUUGUCCUCUUUCUGUGGUAUACUUUUUGAGGCCCUGUUUCCUGGUUCAUCCCAUCCAACCAGAUUUACUGCACUGACUCUUUUGGGAAUCAUAGCUGAUAUAUUUCCUUCUUCAGAAGAACACCAUUGGGAUGGGGUGCAACAGGGCCAAAAAUUAUUUCAAAUAUCUCAGGAAGUUGUGUCAACCCGCAUUGAAGCUUUACUUCAUUGCUUGGCCAGUACUUUUGAAGAAGUAAAGAUCUUGGCAUAUGAUGUGCUGAUGAAGCUUCAUCCUGCCCUACGUUUGUUUCAGGAUCCUGAAAAACUUCAGGCAUUGUUUCAAGUAGCAAUGCAGCUUAGCAGAAGUACCAAGCCCUACGACUGUGUUACAGCUUCCUAUUUACUGAACUUUUUGAUACACCAGAAAGGCCUUUUAAAGGUCUGCCUAAAAGAAAAUCUACUUGUGAACACAUUUCACUCAGAUGACAAUAUGUCUGCUGAUCCAGUGGAGGAACACACUUUGGCUGUUAUAAAGUACUUGUUGGAAAAUCUGAAAGGAGAAAUACUGCAAGCUGAGAAAUCUUUACUGCAGGCUGCUGCUUCAUUUCCAAUGUAUGGUAGGGUACAUUGCAUAAAUGGAGCUUUGAAUCAGUUACCUCUAAGUAACAUGACAUUGAUUCCUGAGUGGAAAGAGAUGGUGGCAAAGCUUAUUUUGAUGUGCUAUAAGCUUUCUGCUGUAGUGUCUCCUGUAGUUCAGAGUUCUUCACCAGAAGGCCUUAUUCCAAUGGAUACCGAUUUGGACACUUCAGAGCGCUUGCAGAUGAUUCUGCGUGAGAUACAACCAUGUGAUACAAAUGAUUAUUUCUCAGAAGCAAAAAUGUUGAAAGAGCAUUGCAGGCUAGACUGUGCUGAUGAUGGUGUUGAAAACAUUUGCACUGAAAUUAGAGGUGAAGAACAGCAGUCAUGUGAUGUUACAGCUCAGAUGGUUUUGGUGUGUUGCUGGCGAAGUAUGAAGGAGAUAUCAUUACUUUUGGGAAAGUUGUGUCAACUUAUGCCUUUACAGGCACUAUCCACUUUUGAUGCACUGGUAACAGUAGAGCAGGUGAAAGAUAUUGGGCAGUAUUUUAGGCAUCAUCUUCUGAAGUCCAGGCACAGAGGGGCAUUUGAACUAGCAUAUGCUGGCUUUGUAAAACUCACUGAAGUACUCUCAAGGUGUAACAAUGAAAGCCUGAACAAGCUACCGCAGCAGUGGCUAUGUAGUGUACUAGAAGAAAUUAAAUCCAGUGAUCCUUCAUCUAAACUUUGUGCCACCAGGCGGAGUGCUGGGAUUCCAUUUUAUAUACAGGCUUUACUUGCUUCAGAACCAAAGAAGGGUAAAACAGGACUGCUAAAAAUGACAAUGAAAGAACUGAUAUGUUUAGCUUCUCCUUCAAAUGUACCAGCAAGCACAAUUCCUCAGGUCCAUGCUUUAAAUAUCCUGAGGGCUUUAUUCAAGGAUACACGCUUAGGAGAAAACAUCAUUCCUUAUGUGGCAGAUGGAAUGCGAGCAGCAAUAUUAGGUUUUACAUCUUCUGUCUGGGCAGUGCGGAAUUCAUCUACACUUCUUUUUAGUACCCUCAUUACAAGAAUAUUUGGAGUAAAGAGAGGAAAGGAUGAGAACUCAAAGAAAAACAGAAUGACAGGGAGGGAGUUCUUCACUCGGUUUCCAAACCUUUAUCCAUUCUUGCUCAGUCAAUUGGAACUAGCAGCCAGUUCAGUGGACAGUGAAACUAGUGAAAUGAAACUCCAUCCAAGCUUGUUCCUUUUGCUUCUGAUCUUGAGUAAGCUGUAUCCAUCACCAAUGGAUGGUGCGUUUUCUGCCCUUAGCAUGGCUCCAUUUGUUCCAUUUAUUUUAAGGUGUGGUCACUCACCUGAGUACCGCUCCCGUGAGUUGGCAGGCCGAGCUCUUGUUCCCUUUCUUAUGGUAAACAUGGUACCACAAACAGUGUCAUCUUUGUUGGCUCAGCUUCCAGAUUGCACUGAUUCUUGUAUACGACAGAAUGCUGUUCAUGGAACACUGCUACAAGUCUUUCACUUGCUGCAUUCCUACUUCGACUCCAAACACAGGGCUAAUUCAGACUUUCUGCAAGGCCUGGGCAAUAUCAUCACUUGUAUUGAAGCCAAGCUGUGGUUGGCUAAGAGGCAAAAUCCUUGUUUGGUGACUAGAGCAACAUAUCUUGAUGUUCUUGUCCUGCUAAAUAGUUACCUUGGGAAAUACAGAAUAAAAGAAACACAGUUGGUCAGCUUUUGGAAGAAAAUGGGCACAAUUAUAUCUGCUUCUGAACUGGCAACGGGUAUCAACCUUUCCCCUGCAGCGCCAGGACUUACUCAGUAUCUCCAAAGCAUCACCAGACUUUUCAUAUCUGUAUGUUCAAUGACUGCAGAACCUGAGUUUGCAAACAGCAGUUUACUUGCCAAAGAGAAAAUACUGGAUCCUUGUUUGUCAGUUGCACAUCUGCUACAUUCUGAGUUCUAUGAAGUACGUUUUUUGAUCUUGGAUGCAGCCCUGCUGUGGUUGAAUCAAGUAAAUUCAAAACAUGUGACGGAAGAAGGAGGAAACGUUCUGUUGUGUCUACUGUCUGGUUUGGAGGAGAUGCUUUUGAGGAUAGCUGUACAGGAAAAGCACCCAGAAGGGAUUUGCAAGGUGUUACAUGUGCUGUACUAUAUGGACCUCAAGAAUGUGCUUCUAAAGGCAGAAGAUACGAUAAAAAUGAAUCCAAGAGAUUUCUUGCUUUGGCUUAUGAAUAUAAUAGAUGACUCUGACAGCACUGAAAUUCAAAGUAUAUCCCUUAAGUUUGCCUCAAAGUUGGUCAUCUACCUUGCACAAAAUUGGCAGGUGGAGAUUAAAUCAGAGAUAAAACAAUGGGUUGAAAGAAUUGCUUCUUGUUGUGGAGAUGAACAGCAAACAGAUCUCAGGUUGACUGCUGCAGAGAUUCUUGUGAGUGUCACCCCAUUUUUCCUGACCAGUGAGAAGCUGUUCUUGGGUCUGUCUGAUACGCUGAUCCUUUGGAAAUGUGUUGUUCAGCUACUGCAAAGUGAAGAGCAGAUAGUCAGAGAUACUGCUGCAGGUGUUAUAAGAGUGGCUAAAUCACAAGAAAACAUGUUGAGGAAAGCAGAGCUUGACUUCCAUGUAGUAAAUGCAGCAAUGGCUUUGGAUUUAACAUUUUCCAUACUGUGUGAACUACUGCAGCUGUGGAAGCAGACUGGUGCUGGGAUCUCAAUCAUAGUAGAGUGGCUGUUAGAAAUGGAACAUUUACAAGAUAGAGAGCCUUCAACCUUGGUGGGAAGCGACUAUCUCUUUGACAAAGGACAAGUGAAUUUUUGGGCUGAGGAACUAACCAUGGUGCAUCAGCUCAGUAAACACCUCCUGCAGCUUAUACCGGUGACCCAUGUCUGUCCAUGCGAUCAAAAGAAUCUUCAUCGGUUGUCAAGCUUAGCAUCUGAUCAAGCCAAAUUUGUGAAGCAGCUUCUUAAGGAAAUGCCUCCAACUCCAGAAUUUUCCCAGUCAAUAGAAUUCACAAAGUUAGCUAUUCAAAAUGAAAGAAUAUCCAUUUGCUUAAAAAUAUUAAGCUUGCUUGGAGUUGGAAAGGAUACUUGAAAACACAGCUAGGAAUCAUUUGCUCACUGCUGCUUGUUGCUUAACUACAUUGUGAACAUCAAAACUGGUCCAUUUACUUUGCACAUCAUACACAUGCAAGGAACUAUAGCAGCAAUUGUUACCUCAUACUUGAAUUAAUUGAAUCUUCAUGAAGUACACCAUGGAAGACAGCUUCUCUGAAUGCACUCAUUUUCAGUCUCAUUUAUAAAAGCAAGAUUUUGUUGCAGCUGAUAUAGGAAAUAAAACUAUCUAAUUGUUUCUUUCAAUGCACUAGGUAUUCAGCAACCUGCUCUUCUAAUUGCUGAUGUUACAGUAUCAGUUGUUCUUCCUGUUCUUUGAUGGUGCAGUCCUUGACUACUUUCUUAAUUAUGUACCAGGAUCUGUGUAUGAGCAAAUGUACCUAAUUGUGUGUCAUGUGUUUUAAAAGAUCUCUACAAUAAGCAAUGGUGACACUUAGCCUUGCCAGUGAGAUUCUUAACUUAAUUCUAUUUUUAAUCAUGGUUGACUGGAUGGGCUGGGUUUCUUGGAAGGAUUCUUCCCUUCUUGUAAGCCACAUGUAACCACUUGAUUACCUUUAUAGCUGAAGCAAUUCAAUUUUGGAAUGCUAUCCUUUUUACUUUUUCAGCUCUUAAGUAUGUUACUAACUUUCAGCAUAAUUCAGCAAGUAAGGCUACUAUUACUUGUCAGAACUGAAACAGCUGAAUACUAUAGGGGUUUGACCAGCACAAUAAGUUCCCAUUUUAAACAUUCAUCAGUAAGGUUUACAUCUUACAAAUGUUCUUUUGAUAUAAAGUAUGGUUGACUGUAACCUCUUUGUACAUAAUGUACUUUGCUAUUAUUUUUACAUUAAAUGUGUUGCACCAAGUUA